UGCCAGCGGCGUGAGCUUCGGCCGCCAUUUUACAACAGCUCCACUCGCGCCGGACCCAGGGAGCAGCGAGCACGCGUUGCCCGCAACCGGAUCUCCUCGGACAGGAUUCCUCCACCGCAGCCCGACGGGGAGAUCUCUGGAAACAUGGCUACAGAACAUGUUAAUGGAAAUGGUACUGAAGAGCCCAUGGAUACUACUUCUGCAGUUAUCCAUUCAGAAAAUUUUCAGACAUUGCUUGAUGCUGGUUUACCACAGAAAGUUGCUGAAAAACUAGAUGAAAUUUACGUUGCAGGGCUGGUUGCACAUAGCGAUUUAGAUGAAAGAGCUAUCGAAGCUUUAAAAGAAUUCAAUGAAGACGGCGCAUUGGCAGUUCUUCAGCAGUUUAAAGACAGUGAUCUCUCUCAUGUUCAGAACAAAAGUGCCUUUUUAUGUGGAGUCAUGAAGACUUAUAGGCAGAGAGAAAAACAGGGGACCAAAGUAGCAGAUUCUAGCAAAGGACCAGAUGAGGCAAAAAUUAAGGCGCUCUUGGAAAGAACAGGAUACACACUCGAUGUGACCACUGGACAGAGGAAGUAUGGGGGACCGCCUCCAGAUUCCGUUUAUUCAGGUCAGCAGCCUUCUGUUGGCACUGAGAUAUUUGUAGGGAAGAUCCCAAGAGAUCUGUUUGAGGAUGAACUUGUUCCAUUGUUUGAAAAAGCUGGACCUAUAUGGGAUCUUCGUCUAAUGAUGGAUCCACUAACUGGUCUCAAUAGAGGUUAUGCGUUUGUCACUUUUUGUACAAAAGAAGCAGCUCAGGAGGCUGUUAAACUGUAUAAUAAUCAUGAAAUUCGUUCUGGAAAACACAUUGGUGUCUGCAUCUCCGUUGCCAACAACAGGCUUUUUGUGGGCUCUAUUCCUAAGAGUAAAACCAAGGAACAGAUUCUUGAAGAAUUUAGCAAAGUAACAGAGGGUCUUACAGACGUCAUUUUAUACCACCAACCAGACGACAAGAAAAAAAACAGAGGCUUUUGCUUUCUUGAAUAUGAAGAUCACAAAACAGCUGCCCAGGCAAGACGUAGGUUAAUGAGUGGUAAAGUCAAGGUCUGGGGAAAUGUUGGAACUGUUGAAUGGGCUGAUCCUAUAGAAGAUCCCGAUCCUGAAGUUAUGGCAAAGGUAAAAGUGCUGUUUGUACGCAACCUGGCCAAUACUGUAACAGAAGAGAUUUUAGAAAAGGCAUUUAGUCAGUUUGGGAAACUGGAACGAGUGAAGAAAUUAAAAGAUUAUGCUUUCAUUCAUUUUGAUGAGCGAGAUGGUGCUGUCAAGGCUAUGGAAGAAAUGAAUGGCAAAGACUUGGAGGGAGAAAAUAUUGAAAUUGUUUUUGCUAAGCCACCAGAUCAGAAAAGGAAAGAAAGAAAAGCUCAGAGGCAAGCUGCAAAGAAUCAAAUGUAUGAUGAUUACUACUAUUAUGGUCCACCUCAUAUGCCCCCUCCAACAAGAGGUCGAGGGCGUGGAGGUAGAGGUGGUUAUGGAUAUCCUCCAGAUUAUUAUGGAUAUGAAGAUUAUUAUGAUUAUUAUGGCUAUGAUUACCAUAACUAUCGUGGUGGAUAUGAAGAUCCAUACUAUGGUUAUGAAGAUUUUCAAGUUGGAGCUAGAGGAAGGGGUGGUAGAGGAGCAAGGGGUGCUGCUCCAUCCAGAGGUCGCGGGGCCGCUCCUCCCCGCGGUAGAGCCGGUUAUUCACAGAGAGGAGGUCCUGGAUCAGCAAGAGGCGUUCGUGGUGCGAGAGGAGGUGCCCAACAACAAAGAGGCCGCGGGGUACGUGGUGCGAGGGGUGGCCGCGGUGGAAAUGUAGGAGGAAAGCGCAAAGCUGAUGGGUACAACCAGCCAGAUUCCAAGCGGCGCCAGACCAAUAAUCAGAACUGGGGCUCCCAACCCAUUGCUCAGCAACCGCUCCAAGCAGGGAAAAGGGGUCGAGGCCGGUCCUGACCUGUUACAAUGAAGACUGACUUGCUAUGUGGGAUUACACCAGAAGCUUGCAGUGGAGUAAUGGUAAGGAAAUCAAGCAACCUUAAAUAUCUCGGCUGUAUAGGAGCAUAUUCUAUUGCAGAAGACCUUCCUAUGAAGAUCAUGGAAUCAAAUACAGGACAUUGAACUAAUACUUGGACUUUGAUAUGAAUUUCUUUAACAAUUUUCUCUGCAGUGCAAGUUAUUAAACUAAAGCUACUCUAUUUUCCAAAUGUGUUCCAACAGAAAUUCUUCAUAACUUCUAGCAUGGUAUCUUAAUAAAGAAUAAAGUUCUUCUCUUUAAAAAAUCUGCUCUAAGUAGAUUUUUCCCCUGUUUUUUUAAAUUAAGGAUCCCAGCAUUGGUUUUCUGAAAUAUUCUCUUGAAUUUGUGCAUUUAAAUUUUAUUGCAGUGGUAUAGAUGAAUGCCAUUGUUGGUAUCCUUAAAUUUUAUUUCUGCUCACCAAGGUUAAUCAUGAUUGUCUAUAUCUUUUUUAUAGUAAUCACUUUUGAAUUGUGUUCAGAUAUGCAGUUUCAGGUGUAAUCAUCAGAGCUGGUUAGUCAGGCAUUCCAGAUAGUGGUUCUUUUCAGAACCUUUUUUAAAGGGUUGGUUAACUACCUCAGUAGCAGAGGAUUGAACUAUACCCUGUCUGUACUGUACAUAGAAAAUCUUUGUAGAUAAAAGCAAGGCUUGUUAAAUGAUAUGAGGGUAAGAUUUUAAUAUACCAAAUGUAACAUUCUUAGUUGCCUUUAGUUUCAGAGGCUUGUAAGACUUCCUCAUGACCAUCAUAACAGGCCUUGCUUUUGUCGUAUUUUGUGGCUGAAAAAGCAGCCUUGCUUCUUCAGAUAUUGUAGUUAUUUGGAUGUAUAAUAGUUUAGCAAGAUGUUACUUUUGUAAGACAUCAGAUGUUCAAAAAAGUGCAUCCGAACUUGUACUAAAUACUGCAGUGUCCCUUUAUAAAAAGUCAGACUAAAACUGACAAUUGUACAGCAAAGCCUGACAUUUGGAUAUUUUGAAGUUUUUUCAUAAAUCAUAGAAAUUAGUAUACGGCUGUAGUUUAGCUUUUUAGGUAAAAGGUAUGUUUCAUUAGUGCAUUUCUUAUUGCUGAUCACUGCAAAAACGUGAAUCAGCUUUUCCAUUUCUUAUGCAGGUCAUGAUAACUUGUAGAAUAGAGUACAAUCAUUUGUGCUAUGUUUUUAAUUUUCUAAAGCACCUUGAUGACAGUGAGUGUUCAGUGGUGAAGCAUCCUCUAUUGAAUCACCCUCAAAAAAUUUUUUGCCAAGUCCUAAAUUGAUAGUUUAAAGUCAGAAGUGAAAUUAUAGUUUAAUUGAGACUUGGUAUAAAGAAAUCCCUUUUCCCCUUCCCCAAAGGGAUACUGCAGUUAUAUCACAUACCCAAUAGGCACCAUGAUGAAGAUCAGAGCUUAUACUUAAUUAAGGUUUUAUACACACCAGUUUCCCCAGUAAAUGCAAAUUUAACAAGAAAAUUAGACAUGUCAUAUGUUCAAACUGCUCAUGGCAAACAAUCAUUUUGCAUUCCUGCAAAUAAAAUUGUUUUAUACUGUAAGCUGGAGGCGAGUGUAACUUAUUUUUGUAAUAAAGUUUUUAUUUUUUUUAUGUGUCAUUAAUAUAAAUGUGUGUUAGUAUAGAAAUAUUCUGGUUUAAAAACUUAGAAAUGCACACAUUUCAGUAUGUUUAUUUGUACUUACAUAAUUUUAGAUAGUGGUUGCCAAUAGCCUGUAUGUUUCACAUUAAUUGGUUUUUUUUAUGUUAUCUUAAUAAACCAUUUUAGUAUGUUGUAUGUCAGUUACUGGGAUAGCUGGGACAUAGAGUGUAAUUUAAAAUUUGUCAAUAAGUAUUCAUUGGAAUAUAUGUAAAUGUGCCUUGCCGGUUAUUGAAACAUUACCUACAAAAUGAGUAUGGGGUGACAAAAAUUAGUUCCUGGUGCUUAAUGAAACUUUUUGCCACUGAUUUUAUAUAUUACCCCGUGCUUUUUUAAAGUACAUCUCUCUCAAAUCUUAGUGUAAGUUUGAGGGCUACACAGAACAUUUACAUUUCAUUCUAACAUAUAAUGAGUAUAAUAGGUUGUGGAAAGUGGGUAAACUAAAUGUAGCCUUCAGUAAAAUUGAAUCUCAGUGUAAUCCUUGCUGCUGGCAUUUCCCAGUUCCAAGGAGUUAAAUAAAUGAUCCCAUCAAAGAGGUCAUUGCCAUGCCUAUUGGCACUUUACUGUCAUACCCUUUUUAAGGGACACUGUCAAGGUGUUUAAGUUAAUUCUCAGAAUUAUUUGUUGGGAUUUUAGAACAAGUUUGUUUAAGUAAGAACUGCAUUGUCAAAGUUGAAAGAUGAACAUUUUUGUGAGUUCACAAAUGUGUUCUUAAGAAAACAUUAAAAUGUGGAGCUGUGGGUUUCCAAGACUAUUUGGCAUUCUUAGUUUGGGGAUUUGGGAGGGAAAACUGAUAUUAAAAAAUUGUGAAGAAUUGAUGGGUAAUGUAAACAGUGGUGAUGAAAUAUAUACACACUCAAGUGAAAUCACUUGACAGUGUUCAUUUGACUAACUGAAUUUAAGCCAUUAUAAUUACUUUUAAAAUUAAAUAAUCAUUUGCACUGUUCUGAUAAUGGGUGCAGUUUUUGAGCAAUAUAAUCAGAGCUAAAUAUGCAUGUAGUGAUUAGUGAUGUGAACAAUUAAGUACUGAGAAGAAAUACUAACUGGUAUUUUCAAACUUAAAUUUCUGUAGUAAAAUCAGUAUCAAACUCUUAUCAGAUCAAGGAAAACAGGCAAUGCAUAUAAACAUACUUUUGAAUGUUGUGUGGCCUAUAAAGCAAUAAUGCAAUUUUUAUGGAAUGUCAUGGGAUAUGAGAAAUGGAAAUGCAAAAAUAACGAAUCCUUUAGUAAAAAUGUCAACAUGUUAAAAAGGGGAAUGUUAACUAAUGUAGGUUAUUGCUAUUUGUGAUUUGUUUAUGGGUUCUUGGCUUUGACAGCUUCAAAGAAUGGACAGAUGACAAGUUAAAGAAAUUUUGUAUAUAUUGUCAAGGAAUGGGUCUUAAAUCCAAGAGUCAAGUCCCUUCCUUGGGGUGAAAAAUGUAUCCUUAAAGCAUUCUGAUUGUUAAAAAAGAAAACUUGAGUUACCUAACCAAAGCAGACGCAAGAUUUUGUUUCUGCAGACUACUUGGCAAUCAAAAGUGAUCAUCACUUUAAUCAGUUUUUAGAAAGUUGCUUUGUGAGAAAAUUGUGUUUGAUAUAUUUUCCCAAACAUGAAUUUUGUGGAAGGUUUUCCAGCAUUGUGACUGAAUCAGAUGUUAGAAAUGGGGGGGUGGUGGAUUUAGCACAAAAAGAGCGGUUGCACACUCAUGAUGGCCACUGUAGCAUCAUGAGAAAUUUACCAAUUACUGCAAGUCUGAUUUAAGAAAAUACACUUUCUUCAUGAUAAACUAGGAACAACAUAGGAAUGGAUUGGUGGGGUUACCUCGGGCAUUCACUUGUAUAUAGCUAUUUGAAAAGACUUGUAUGAGGGUGAAUAUCAUCAUGCUAGGCAAAAUUGUCACAUUCAGGACAGCUUUUUUUUGAUCACUAAGCCAAAAGUCACUGUUGAUCAGAAACAUAGCAAAAAAAAACAAACAAAAAAACCCCCAGUAUGACAUAGUCUAUUUAAGGGGAGAAAUUAAAAAGUAGAAGGACUUCAUGCAUUUAGGUGAGGGAGCUAUCCCCCUGGAGUAAAUGAUUGCUCAGGUUCCUAAAACUUCCAAGAAUACCCACCAUGGUUUGUUUUCUCCCCAGUGAUGUACACUGUAAAAUUUUUAUCUGACCGUAGGAAUUCAGUGGUGGGUAUAAAAUGAAUGAAUAAAGAAGUAACAGUACAUAAAAUGAACAGACUUCUGGGGAUGGUGUUUCAAAGUGUAGUAUUAAUUACGCAGUAAUACCACUCAAUAGGGCAUGCCACUACUUUCUUGAGAUGCUAAUUAUAAACCAAUGUUUAAAGACAUUUUUAACUGUGGGCAAAUUAGAUGGACUUUUUUGUCUGUCACUUUUUAAAAAAGUACUUAAGAUGUAAGUUUUAUUAGUACCACAGUCUGCCUUCAGUAAUAUGCCUAAAAUAUUUUUCAGGACCAGGAGCAUUCAGUUGAAAGAAACAAAUCUUUUUUAUGAAUGCAAAACAGUAUUAUAACUAAUGCCCUGGUCCAAAAUUAGGUUUUUAAUGAUAUUAACAGUAGUCUGAUAAACAUUUAGAAGUCUGGCAUUGAGAAACAAAAGCUUGUACCUGACUAGUAUUUUUAUUAAAAAAAAUUAGUUCUGUUAGCUUAUUUAAAUUCUCUUACAUUUAUUUAUCUGUAGAAUUUAUAUUUAUUUCAUUCCUUUUAUCUCACUGAAAACUGUCUGCAGGCUCUCUGAUUUGGAUUAGAUGUGUGAAGUACUGUCUUUUGCCAAAAACCUCAAAUUACCUGUUCUUUUCAACGUAGUGGGUUUGUGCUUGUUUGGAGAUCAGUUCAAAAACUAUCUGUACUAUCUGUACUGCCUCUGAUGUUAAGAUUUUAUGUAUAGCAUAAGGAAGCUAGCUCUGACUAUAUUUUCCUAAGAAUAAAGACCUAUUUUUGUAGCAUG